AACAUGAACCCUUGAACUUGGAAGCCGCGCAGCCCCAUCAGCCAUAGCCUCGACCGUUGUCCGGAAGCAUCAUACUACUCUCGGCAACUGCCAUAAGGUAGCCGUUUCACAGACACAUAUGGUCUGUGGGAGGAUUAUUGACGUCUGGCUUACGGACCUACGUAUGUUGCACAGAUCACCCUUGACAAGGCGAGGCCGACUCUAUGUGAUCCUGGGGGCAUCAACAGGGUGGAGGAGAAGUAGUAUAAGAGCGCCUCAAGCCACCCCUACCUCAUGGAGCACCAUCGACAAGCCAAAUACAAGCCAAAUACUCGAUCUCCUCCACCUUAAAGUGCCAUUCGAACCCUUUCAAACGCAAAAAUGCGCACCCAGUCUAUCCUCGCCCUCGGCUUCGCGACCAUCGCGGCCGCAGCUCCCAAGCCCCAGGCCGACACGCCGAUCGACUUCGUCGUCAGCCUCUUUGAGACAAAUCUCACUUGCGACACCUCAACGACAAACGCGAAGACCGUGUUCGGCACCGGCUGCCAGAACCGCACCUUGCCUAAGGGUGGCUCUGCCCUCGUGCGUUCCUCGGUCUCCUCUCCCGGCGGCUUCGUUACUGGAUACGCGGAGGUGGACUGCAAGGGCGAAGUGCUUGUUGUAUUCACGCAGAUUGACGGCUGCACGAGCUUUGAUGAUGUGUCAGUGAAGAGCUGGAUCGGUGGAGCGCCUUUCGACGAGAGCGGCAAAUAGGCGAUGGAUCGGUCGUGCUGGAGACAGACGUGCAUUCGAUAGCUCUUUCCACGCUGCCACCAUGUUGUCGCUCAUU